AUGGCGACAUCACAGGCGGCGUAUGCCGCAGAAAAGGCCGUCGGCCACGACGACAAUGCCAUCACGACCCAAGACGUGUCCUCGUACCCGGAUGGAGGGCAGGACGACUUGAUGAACGCCCUGGUGUGGAUGGGCAAGAACAAGGUCGAAAUCGCGCGGGUGCCCAAGCCCAAGAUCAUCGAGGACGGGGACGUCAUCAUCAGAGUCACGGGCACGACGGUGUGCGGCUCCGACCUGCAUCUCCUGCACGGCGCCGUCAUGCAGCUCUCCAAGGGAGACAUCCUGGGCCACGAAUUCUGCGGCGUGGCCGAGAUUGUCGGACGCCAGGUCCGCAAGGUCACGGUCGGCAAGCGGUACGUGGCCUCGUUCCAGAUUGCCUGCGGCGACUGCUUCUACUGCGACAAGAAGCUGUCGUCGCAGUGCGAGAAGACGAACGCGAACGCGGCCAUGAAGGCCAUGUACGGCGGCAGGACGGCGGGCAUCUUUGGAUACUCGCACCUCACGGGCGGGUUCGCCGGCGGCCAGGCCGAGUAUGUGCGCGUGCCGCUGGGAGACGUGAAUCUGCUGGAACUCCCCGACGACGUCCCCGACGAGAAGGGCCUCUAUCUGUCCGACGUGCUCGCGACGUCGUACCACUGCGUCAAGGACACUGGCGUCGACGAGGGAGACAGCGUCGCCAUCUUUGGCGCGGGCCCAGUCGGGCACAUGGCCGGCGUCUUUGCCGCGGGCCAGGGCGCAGGCAAGAUCAUCUUCGUCGACACGGAGCCUCGCCUGUCGUACAUCAAGAGGCGCUUCCCGCGGGAGCACAUGGCCAAGGUGUCGCUGGUCGACUUCAAAGCCCUGCCGGGCGGCAUCACCGGCUCCAAGACAGUCGUCAGCGAGCUCAAGGACGAGUGCAACGGCCGCGGCCCCGACGUGGCGCUCGAGUGCGCGGCCGGCGAGUACGCCAAGGGCUGGAUGCACUGGUUGGAGAUGGCGGCCGGCGCCGAGACGGACACGAGCGAGAUUGUGAACGAGAUGAUUGAGAGCGUGCAUUCGUUUGGGCGCUGCGGCAUCACGGGCGUCUACGUCGGAUACACAAACCACUUCAACAUCGGAUCGCUGAUGCAGCGAGGCGUGCGAUUCAUCGGCAACGGCCAGGCGCCCGUCCACAUGUACUGGGAGCAUCUGCUGGCCGCGAUCCGCAACAAGAGCCUCGAUCCGCUGCAGAUGGUGUCUCACCGGGUCCGGCUCGAGCAUCUCGACAAGGUCUACCACAUGUUUGACAACAAGGAGGACAGCAUGCAGAAGGUCUUUGUGGAGACCAGGUUUUCGGCUCCGCCAGCCCCGGGCUGUCCGCCGCUGUCGAACUUUUAA